AUGUCACUUUAUCUAUGUUGCUUAAAGACAGCCGAAACAAAUCCGAAAUGAAAAAAAAUUUUAAUAUUUACAUUUAUUAGCCUUUGAGAAGUCUUUGUCCUUCAGUGAGGAGAUCCUCGACGACGAUACCAACAGUUAAUUUAAUGUCAGUCCGUUAAUCCGAGCACCCGUCGUCAUACGUCAUCAUGGUCACCGUUGGUUUAUCAGCAUUGUUGUCGCUGGCCAGUCCGUCUACUAGUUUUAAACUAAUAUAUCUGUUUGUGUUUACUAACAACCAGUUUUUAAUUAGCACCACUACUCGUAGUAGUAGUAGUGGUAGUUGUUGUGGCAGUAGUAGUAGUCGUGGUAGUAGUAGUAAAAGUAGCCACAGUAGCGUCAGCACUUGUACUACUAACAAUAUGGAUAAUGAUAAUACUGAUGGCAGUAGCAAUGAUAAUUCUGCUAGUACUGGUACAAAAAUUGAUGUCGAAAAUGAUGUCAACGCCAAUUUUAGUGACAAUUUUCAGACUGGAAAUAACACAGAACCCUCCACCAUCAGCAGCAGCACCGAUGACUCUCCAAACGACCUUCCUAACCGAACUAGUGAAGCAAACGUCAGUGAAGCUACUCACGAGGAAAGACCAUUUUUUCAUAUUAAUGAUGAUGACGGUGAUGACAAUGAUAGCAUCAACAAUAGUGAUAUAAAUAGUAGCUACUCAGAUACUGAGAGUGAUAGCAAUAACAGUUACUCGGACGACGACGGCGAUAGCUAUUACAAUAGCACAGACAAGGAAAGAAUAAAAAAGUGGGAAAUGUUUUACUCCACUGACGAGAUUAGUGGGAGCCAGUCUGAAAAUAGGGAUGUGCCGACAAAUAAUAAUAAUAAUAAUAACGACAUUAAUAAUGUUGUCAACAGCAGUGGUAAUACGAGAGAGGAGGAUGACAAUGCAAGGAAAGUUACUAAGAGAGUAGUUUUCGCUGAUGAUUGCGGUCUGCAGCUGUCGGACAGUCGCCAAACUAACUCGGACUCUGAUGAGAACGAUGAUGAAGUUAGUCGUUAUCUUGACCCGAGUCGCCACAACAACAACAACAACAACAGUAACAGCAAUAACAACAAUGAUGAUGAUGGUAGUAAUAAAAAUUUUACUAAGCAUGUCAGCGCCGAAAUGUCAUCUAGCCAGUUCAACUUUCUGAACCCCCGAUCGAUUCGAGACCUUGAAAACUUCACUAACAGCCUCCUAACCAAUCAGGUAGUACUAGAAAGAUUUACCACCCUAACUUUUAGAUACAACAGGAGCAAAAUAGACAGCGUUUCACUUUUCGGCACCAUCUGGACCCUCACCAACGAAAUUCCGGACAAUAAAACCGUGACAAGCCGCCAUUUUGUCAUUUCCGUCUGCCUAACUUCCGGUUCUGUUAGGCAGGUGGGGAUUUCGCUCGGCCGGAUGGCAGGUCGUGUGCCCGUAGUCUCGAGGAACGAAAGAACGAAAGUGCCUAACUGGCACCUAAUGAAGAUGGCUUACUGGUUUGAAUUUAACUUGGAUAGGCGGGUAUGCUUAGAUCAGUAA